UCCGUGAACAACGAUAUGAUCUCAACAGCCUUUUGGUCGGUCAGCGGGAAAGAAGUAAAGAUCACGCGCAGUGACGACCCCAGUCACACUCCUCUGUUACAGACCACAGGUAACUGUUUGGGUGGACAAACAUUUCGAUCCAAAAUCACAAGUUACGGCGACUUUAGAAAUGGCGCAGUUUGGGCCAGUGAUCAGUGUCUUGGAAACUGUACGGUUCAAUAUGGAGGACUCUACAAAUCAACAGAUGGGUUUCAACAGGCUAGUUGCCGUGGACACAUCCAAAGUGCCGACAAGAUCGGCUUCUGGUGUGACUGGAGUGAUGGUGAUGGAGCAGUGAUGAUGAUUGGUGGAGGAGGAAAAGAAUGUGGUCGUGCAGAUCAUGGGAUUGGAAUCACAGAAACUAACGAAGCUUCUUUUGUUCUGAAAAACCGAGAGGAAUAUGACUUUGGAUAUAAUGCUAACAUUAAAAACGCUCCAACCCAAUCCUACUCGUUGAACUUAUGGAUCAGUUAGAAAUAACCAGCUCUUAACUUUUCAAACUUAGAUUAUAUUAGAUCUGAAGAACUUUGAAGAUAUAUUAUUCAUUUCGUGUUACAUCGUGAUACAAGUAAGAUAAACAUUUUAAAAUGAUUAGUAACAGCGCACCUGUUUCCUCUUACAGCAAAGAUAAAAUGGCCUGACCAUCACCCCAGCCGCAACGCUAUAAUAUUUUUACAUCUUGAGAUAUUUUCUGGCAACAAUUUAAAU